AUGCCGGCUGCGCGCCCCCGGGCUUCUUUUGAGCCCAUCCCACCAGACUUCGACGUGCGGACUUUUGUUGAGAACGCCGACAACUUCCAGUAUGUCGACCGCACAUCGUAUGAGAUGAUUGCGAACAAUGGCGUGGAGGCGUUUGAGAAGCUUGUUCUGUUACACGUAAUCAUAGGCGGUAAGCCUCUGGUUAUUGAUGGUUUUGACGAGGUGCUGGAUCCCUGGACCUUUACUCCCUCGUGGCUACGCGACAACCAUGGCGACAAAGUUGAGAAUGCAACCAACCUCUCUACAAAAGAGAUCAUCCCCCUCACCAUCAAGCAUUACCUCAAGCACCUGCCCAAGUUGACAGAGCAGUUUUUCGAUGCACCCGACCGGUACCUUGACAAGAAGAGACAGCGGAUAUACCUGAAGGAUAUUGACUGCCCACAAGUAUGGCAAGACAAACUCAAGGAUCAUAUCCCAGGGGGGCUGUUCUACCUCAACGAGAGCACUGGUGAGCCUGGCGGCCCUGGCGCAUUAGAUGAGUUUGGCGGGCGCAAAGGUCGUGGCAUUGGACGAGCUGGAGACCUCAUGAGCAGUCUACCGCCUGAUAUGCGUGCUGAAAACCUCAUGUGCUAUAUCGGACAUGAAGGCACCUACACGCCUUCACACCGAGAAAUGUGCGCGUCCCUCGGUCAGAACAUUAUGGUGAACGCCUCCACCACCAUCAGCGAAGAUGGCAAGACAGAGCGCCCGGGUUCGUCCAUCUGGUUCAUGACUGAGAGCAAAGACCGCCACGUUGUCUCGGAGUAUUGGCUCUCGAUAUUGGGCCACGACAUUGAGGUGGAAAACCAUUUUGCACAACUCAUCGCUUGGAAAAAGGCACCGUUCCGGACUUAUGUUGUAGAGCAGCGACCCGGAGACUUCAUCCUGAUCCCGCCACUAGCGCCCCACCAAGUCUGGAAUCGCGGCACCCGUACCAUGAAGAUUGCCUGGAACCGUACGACUGUAGAGACUCUCGAACUUGCUUUGCAUGAAGCGCUGCCCAAUUCGCGCGUCGUCUGCCGUGAUGAGCAAUACAAGAACAAGGCCAUCAUAUACUACACCCUUCUCAAGUACUCAAAUCUGAUCAAGUCCGCUCGCGCCCAGGUCGAAGCAGGUGGUGAGCAAGCCGAGGCGAUUCAGCGCUCGAGCAAGAUCAAGCAGAUCCAGAAAGACUUCAAACGGCUUUUUGACCUAUACAAGAUCGUUCUUCUAUCAGAAAUGUUUGCGCCCGACUCACGAGAACACCCGGAAUUCUUGCCCUAUGACAGCAACGUCACGUGCGCCUACUGUCGAUGUAACAUCUUCAAUCGCUUUUUGAGCUGCAAGUCUUGCAAGAACCUGUUUAGUACUGAGAUAGAGGAACCCUACGAUGUCUGCAUGGAUUGCUAUGCCAUGGGUCGAAGUUGCGGCUGUCAAUCUGGCUACACAUGGGUCGAGCAGUGGAAAUGGAAGGACCUCAUUCACAAGUACGAAGAAUGGCGUGCCCAAAUCAUCAACAUUGACGGCCAUGUGAACGAAAAGACACCCCUCCCGCUGCAGGAGGAGCGAAGAUAUCUUGGCAAGAAGACUCUGGCCCAGGUCUGCCAGGAGCAAUUACGGAUUAGGCCAUUUGUCGACAUCAAAAACCCGCAGCCAGAGAGCGCAUCCGAUGACGAGGAGCCUAUCGUGGACGAGUACGGCAAUGUCAGGAAAGUUGCGAAGAAAAAGUCAAAGCAAUGGCUGGCAAAGCACAAAUCAUGCCACUUUUGCCUCCAUCGGCACCCAAAGUGGAAAAUGGCGUUUUGCUCGAGCUGCGACUUGGCAUAUUGCUACGGAACGCUGUUCCGUGCACACGACAUGAUGCCAAUAAUUGUCAUGGAAGCCUACAACUGGAAAUGCCCGCACUGCUUGAGGGUUUGCAAUACGGGUGCUUGCCGGCGUGAUCCCAGACAGCACCCUUAUGAGCCGAAAGGAACUCUGCUCGGCCAUGAUACAAAGAAGGUGGCCGACGUUCGUUCAGUUGAAUGCCUCGUUGACUUUAGUGUCUCCAAUCUGAAUUGGCUACGAGAAGAAGAGGGUAUGGCCCAAAACGCGAUGCAACGCCGAAUGCAGCAAGCAGAGAUGGAAAAGAGGGUGGACCCCUCACUCGAUGCACGAUAUAUGGAGGAGGACGAUCGUGCCAACACAAGAUAUGGAAUCAUUUACUCGCCUGUCCAGGAUACUAACGGGCUCACUAACGCCAAUGGCGGUGGCUUUGGUGCCACAUAUCUUGCUGGGGGUGCCAACAGUGAAUCCUACUACCAUGAUCCCGACCUGGGUGCAGAGAUUCCGCGUCUUGGUCAGAAGCGCCGCGGCGGCGAAUAUGAUGACGCAGACGAGUACCAGCGGCGGCCCAAAUCAAAGAAGCCGAAGAGAGACGAAACAUACUCUCUGCAGCCAAAGACUGCGCCAGGCAAGCAGUACCAGAAAGAGGUGCAGAGGAAGCUGCUCGAUGAGGCCAAGCGCGAAGACAGGCUUAUCAUGGUUGCCGCCAAGAUGAAGGGUAAAUCGAAGAUUGUCAAACUGUCCUUGGCCACGGGCCAUCUUGAUAGGAUCCGCCAGAGACCAGUGCCGGACCGCCCACAAGUUGUGCGAGAGCUUGCUCUCGAAGAAACGGAUCCCUCAAACGGCGUGCAGUCAAUAUUACAGUCUGAUGUGCUGCAGGAGUCUGGUGCUCCCAAGAGCGCGGCAGAGAAGGAGAAGGACGCAAAGACAUACCGUGUUCGUGUAGAAGAUGAUGGGGCUUACUCGACCAGAAAGCGUAAUACAGAGAUUAGCGGACCUGCAAAGCCUGGCAGGCCUCGGGGCUCGAAACGAUUUGAAGAGAUUACACUUGAUUCGGAUGACGAGUUUGCUGCUGAAGACGAAGAGCCUGAAUACAUCAGUCGACCACGUGGUCGUGCGUCAACAUGGCUGGCGCGGAAGAACGAGGGCGAGGAAGAUCUGCCAACCGAGUUGCCUGCAGAUUUCCGAGAUGGUACCAUAAGGCCUGAUCGUGAGAGAGCCAAGAAUCGUCGACAGCCUCUGCCUCCAAAACCCAAGGCUGGCAUCCGACCUACUGAAGGGCCACCUGCAAAUGGAGGUCACGACAGCACUGUCGAUACUUCUGGAAUCGGGUCUGAUGAAGACGGUAUUCAUGAAGAAGACAAUGAGGCGGAUGAGGUAUUCAUGCUCGCACAGCAAGCCGAAGCCGCUGCCACUGCCGCUGCCACUGCCGUUAUCGCUGCCCUAGAAAUGCAGCGGAAAAAGAAAGAGACCAAAGCGCGAGAGGCGGAAGCACGAGAGGCGGAAGCGCGAGAGGCUGAAGCACAAGAGGCCGAAGACAAUCUCCGCGCGAAGCUAGCCCUCUUCCCUGGAUCGGACGACGAUGAAGGAAUCAUGGACGGCUUCCUGGGCGACCUAGGUAUUGAAGAUGAGUCUUUUGGAGAUGUAGUGCAACCCGAACCUGAAGCUAGCAUAGCAGAGCCUGCACCGGACGGUCCUCCUCAGUCUACCAACUCGAUUCUAAGUGGGCUGAAUGGCAAAAAGAUCAAAAUCGUUGGAUCAUCUAAUCGGGCCAACAACGGGCCUACGGUCACUAUUCCUGUGCCGUCAAAAUUCACUCCUGUGAACAAGAGGUCGCAGGCAAUCAAUGUGUCGGACACGGAGAGCGAAGACGAGAUUCCUGCAGCUGCACCGCCUCCAAAACGACCUGUUGGUAGACCGCCUGGUCGUCCUUCAAUGGUGCCCACGAGGGGCUCCAGUUCGGGGAGGGGAAGGGGGAGAGGACGUGGACGUGGACGAGGACGAGGACGCCCAAAGGCGACGACAUAGCAUGGCAUUGAAUGGCCCAGGACUGCACGAGUGAGGAGCCAUGUUUUUGCUUGUACACUUCUAUACAUUGUUCAUUGAGCGAGGCAUGGUCGAAAGGAAGUCAGCUUCUCAUGGUUUCUCUGUAGACAGUAUACUUGACGUGUGCCGUUGAUAGGUCAACAUAGCCAUGGAGGAAGAUGGUGACUUGCUGGAUCAUUCUGGUUGGCAUAUGAAU